CAGGGAGGACUAGUCGGACGGUGCAUCAUGACUCCUCUUGGGCUGAAAGCAAUUGUCGGAGAAAAGAUUAUGAAUGAUGUCAUCAAGAAGGUGAAAACUAAAGGAGAAUGGAAGGUUCUGGUGGUAGACAAACUGAGCAUGAGGAUGGUCUCAUCCUGCUGCAAAAUGACGGAUAUUCUGUCUGAAGGAAUCACAAUUGUUGAGGACAUCACUAAACGCCGUGAACCCCUUCCCACCAUGGAGGCUAUUUAUCUUUUAUCCCCAACUGAUGAGUCUGUCGAGGGACUCAUUAAUGAUUUCCGAGAUCCCCGUGCUCCAUCAUACAAAGGAGCUCAUGUCUUCUUCACAGAUGCGGUCCCAGACUCUUUGUUCAGCCUCCUCACUAAAUCCCGAGCAGCCAAAGUGAUAAAGACCCUGACUGAGAUUAACGCUGCCUUCCUGCCCUAUGAGUCACAGGUGUUCUCUGUGGACAGAGUCAAUGCCUUUCAGGACUUUUACAGCCCGUUUAAAGCAGAUGUAAAAAGCCAGAUGUUGGAGCGCUUGGCUGAGCAGAUUGCCACCCUCUGUGCCACCCUGAAAGAAUACCCAGCUGUUAGAUACAGAGGAGAGUAUAAAGACAGUGCCGUUCUGGCUCAAAUGCUGCAGGACAAACUGGAUGGCUACAAAGCUGAUGAUCCCACUAUGGGCGAGGGACCAGAUAAAGCCCGCACUCAGCUGCUGAUUCUGGACCGAGGAUUUGAUCCUGUCUCUCCAGUCUUACACGAGCUCACAUUCCAGGCGAUGGCCUACGACCUGCUGCCCAUCGAGAAUGACGUCUAUAAGUAUGAGACAACCGGAAUGGGAGACACUCGUAUAAAGGAAGUGUUGCUGGAUGAGGAUGAUGACCUAUGGGUCACGCUCAGGCACAAACACAUCGCUGAAGUCUCCACGGCUGUGACAAAAUCGCUAAAGGAAUUCUCUUCCAGUAAAAAGAUGACCACAGGAGAAAAGACCACUCUAAAGGAGCUGAGCCAGAUGCUGAAGAAGAUGCCGCAGUAUCAGAAAGAACUGAGCAAGUAUUCUACUCACCUGCACUUGGCAGAGGACUGCAUGAAGCACUACCAGGGCACGGUGGACAAACUCUGCCGCGUGGAGCAGGACUUGGCCAUGGGGGCUGAUGCAGAAGGAGAAAAGCUGAAAGAUCCCAUGAGAGCGAUCGUGCCCAUCCUCCUGGACGCCAACAACACCAUUUUCGACAAGAUCCGCAUUAUUCUUCUCUACAUCUUCCUCAAAAAUGGUGUGACUGAGGAGAACCUGUGUAAACUUCUACAGCAUGCACAGAUCCCUCCAGAAGACAGUGACAUCAUCUCCAACAUGGCUCAUAUGGGAGUGCCCAUCAUCUCAGAACUAUCCACAACACGAAAGAAGAAAGCUGAUCGUAAGGAACGCAUCAGCGAACAGACCUACCAGCUCUCCAGAUGGACCCCUCUGGUUAAAGACAUCAUGGAGGAUGCUAUUGAAGACAAACUGGAUCCGAAGCAAUAUCCAUACAUCUCUACACGGACUGCCUCGUGCAAAACCACAACAGCCACCAGUGCGCGGUAUGGGAACUGGCACAAGAAUAAAAGCCCAGGAGAAAUGCGAACAGGUCCUCGGGUCAUCGUUUUCAUCAUCGGGGGCGUGACCUACAGCGAAAUGCGCUGUGCCUAUGAGGUCACGCAGGCCAACGGCAAAUGGGAGGCUCUUAUUGGUUCUACACACAUCAUCACCCCCAGUAAGUACUUAAAGGACCUGCAGCACCCGGACUUCCUGGACCCUAACGCAGCUCCAGAGGACCAGGUCACCGCUGAAGACUGAGGCACUUUACCAACUACUGUACAUGUCUAUCCCUUGAUCCUUUGUUAUGUGAUAUUUUGUUCCCGCAAAAGUGUUUUUCAAAAGUUUUUACUUUUUCCAUAUUCCGGUGCUGUUCUAAGUCAUAAUAAAAAGAAACCCAAUGUAGUAUCGGAAUGCAGUGGAAUGCAGCUAUUCGCUACAGUUGUUCUGUGUUGUGUCAGAGACACGGCUCAGGCAGUUAGAGUUCUACAAGAUGACAAGCGUGACAUUAUUAGCGUGAAAUUUGAAGCUUUGGAAGCUGAUCUGUUUGCGCAGAUCGUACAGAUGCGAAGGUCAAAAACCUGGACUAAAGGUUUGCUGCAUCACUGUCUUGAGGUGGAGGUUAAAACAUGAAUUUGGGAUUAUGUCAUUGAGUGCACUUAGGCUACAAAGUGAAAAAAGAAUCCUAGGCACGUUCCUUGUUUGUCAAAAAUGUACUGUAGCAUGCUAAGCGUAAUAAAUGAUGUAUUUACUGUCUUAAACCUAAAGUGAUAUGUAGAGCAAAUAGCACGAGUACACUAAUGUGUCAUAACAUUACUCAAAACUCAAAACAUUUAGCCUGGUAUUUUGUAGGUUCCCCUUGUGCCACUUGGGCAGCUCUGGCUCCUUGGGG